UGUGUGUUUACGUUGAAGGGGCUCACAACAAAGGACGCCGUGGAGACGAGCUGUCACUCAGCGGAUAUUCUCCUCCUCCGCGGAGCACAUUUAUCCCUCACAACUCCUCAUCCUCAAGCUGUUUUUCUCCUCCCAUUUUUCGGCUUGUUCUAUUUUUUUUUUCAUGUGUUCGCCAAGCCCAGAAGUGGGAUAAAUGAUAUAUUUUUUGUUGGCUUGAUGUUGCCGGUCAGCUAGCUCGCUAGCAAGUUGGCGAAGCCGCCGAGCUAGCGGGGAAUAAAGCGUCGCUGAAUUCACGGGCGGGAGAGGUGGCGCCGUGAGCGACUGACGCGUGAAGCAUGAGAGGGUGGAGCUGAGACUCAGCUGACCCUUCCCCUUCCUCCUUUCCCACCCCGUGUUCCACUUGUUCAGCUCCGUCCUCCCACCCAGACUCCCCCCGUCUUUCCCCCCCCCUUCCUGUGGUGUGCACCCUGCUGAAUCCCACCCGUCUUCCAGACCGCCGUCAGCCGUGCCCGAUGUACUCGCCUGAGCAGGAGAACAUUUGCACCACCUCCACCAAAGUGCCAGUCAAGUAUGGAGAGCUCAUUGUGCUGGGGUACAAUGGCUCCUUGCCCAACGGCGACCGGGGCAGACGUAAAAGCCGUUUUGCACUUUGCAAAAGACCCAAGGCGAACGGGGUUAAACCCAGCGUCGUCCACGUCGCCUGCUCUCCACAGGCAGCCAAGGCCAUCAGCAACAAAGACCAGCACAGCAUCUCCUACACUCUGUCCCGAGUCCAGACGGUGGUGGUGGAGUACACCCACGACAGCAACGUAGACAUGUUCCAGGUGGGUCGUUCCACAGAGAGUCCCAUAGACUUCGUGGUGACGGACACGGUGGCGGGCAGCCAGAGCAACGCCGACGCGCAAACGGUCCAGAGCACCAUCUCCCGCUUUGCCUGCCGCAUCAUCUGCCAGCGCACGCCGCCUUACAGCGCGCGCAUCUACGCGGCGGGGUUCGACUCCUCCAAGAACAUCUUCCUCGGGGAGAAAGCCGCCAAGUGGAAGACGGCCGACGGGCAAAUGGACGGCCUGACCACCAACGGCGUGCUGGUGAUGCACCCUCGCCACGGCUUCAGCCAGGACUCCAGGCCGGGCGUGUGGCGGGAGAUCUCCGUGUGCGGGAACGUCUUCACCCUACGAGAAACACGCUCGGCACAGCAGCCGGGAAAGUUGGUGGAGGCGGAGUCGCAGGAACUGGAGGACGGCUCCCUCAUCGACCUCUGCGGCGCCACGCUGCUGUGGCGCACCGCCGAGGGUCUGUCGCGCACGCCCACCCUCAAGCACCUGGAGGCGCUGCGUCAGGAGAUCAACGCGGCGCGGCCCCAGUGCCCCGUGGGCUUCAACACGCUGGCCUUCCCCUCCAUGCGCCGCAAGGACACGCCGGACGAGAAGCAGCCGUGGGCGUACCUGCGCUGCGGCCACGUGCACGGCUACCACAACUGGGGCAACCACCGCGAGGAGCGGGAGGGCCGCGAGCGCUGCCAGCGCGAGUGCCCCAUGUGCCGCGCCAAGGGGCCCUACGUGCCGCUGUGGCUGGGCUGCGAGGCGGGCUUCUACGUGGACGCCGCCCCGCCCACGCACGCCUUCCACCCCUGCGGCCACGUGUGCUCGGAGAAGACGGCCGCCUUCUGGAGUCAGAUCCCGCUGCCGCACGGCACGCACACCUUCCACGCCGCCUGUCCCUUCUGCGCCCAGCAGCUGAGCGGCGAGCAGGGCUUCGUCAGACUCAUCUUCCAAGGCCCGCUGGACUAGCAGGCCCCGCCCCCUCCCCGGCGUCUUUUGGGAACGUUCUCUCCUCCAACCGGGAACUUCUUUUUUCCUCUUUCCCGUUUGUAAGUGACCUUUGUACUCCUUUUUCAUGGCGCACUGCAAAGAGUUCUAUAUU